AUGUGCAUCUCAUCAUAUAUCCUAAUUCUCUCCUUUCUCUCUCUUUUUUCUCAAGGUUUUCUACUCUCAAAGUCUCUUCAAGAGGUAGAAGAUGAAGACUUGUUGCUAACUGCAUUAAAUCUAGGAAAAAUUCUACAAGAUGGAGACAAAAGUAUCAGUAGGGGAGCUAUACCUUUGCUGAAGCAUUACAAGACUGAAGACAGCAGUGUUUUCAGUGAUAAGAAUGCUGGAAACAUGAAGGUUUUGGACAGAGGUUCCAGACAUGAUUUCUUCAAUCAUGUUCAGCCAACCAACUUAGGUAGAAAGCAACUACCUUAUCCUGCACUGAAGGGAGCCAUGGCUUUUCCACCUGACACUAAAUUUCAAAAUAUUGAGUCAAUAGAGGAAAGAGAGACUACAGAUGAAGAAAAUUCAGCUAAAUUCCCUAUAGGAAGAAGAGAUUUUGACAUCCUCAGGUGUAUGCUGGGAAGAGUCUAUCGACCUUGUUGGCAAGUGUGAAAACCACUCACAUCCACCACCUUCUCUGAAGAUUAAAC